UUUUGCUUAUUUCUGUGCAGUUUUGUUCAGCGCUUUUCUCAAACGCGAUUCAGAAGAGCCUGUCAGGAACAAGACAGAGAUAUAUUUACAUUAUCUUGUACUGAUUGUCAGUGCAAUUUUAUAGCUGUCAUAUAUACAGUUUUCUUUCUUUUGUCCUUUGUAUCAGAGACAUCUAGGAACGCCCAGAUGUGCCUAUGGGGCCUUCCGUCCACACCUGUGUCAGGUGGGGAUACCGCUGAGUAGGCAUGUUAUGACUGUGGUCAGGCCGGUGUAGUCAGGUAUACUGGAGGAUCUAACGCACACGGAAUACAACUCUGAAGUCUUUUUCUUCACUUCGCUUUCUUCAAGAGGCUCGCCGUACCCUUAAAGAGAUCCAACUUUACUAAGAGUAACCGUCGCUAAAUUAAGGUCUUUAUGCCCAGGCCUUCCUUCCGCCAGAAGCCAGACAUGUGCCGGCCGACAGAGUUCAUCAACCUGCUGGCGGGCCUGCACGUGGGGCUGGGGCUGCUGGAGCUGGUGGUCGGCAUCGUGGAGCUCAAACUGUACGAGCUGUCGGACGCCACGCCCAUCUGGGGAGGAGUCAUCGAACUAUCCGUCGGAGGUGUGUGGAUCUUUGCUACAUGUAGGGACUGUGGAGACAAGCCAAAAGCCAUCUGCUUGCUCGUGGCGAGUAACGUGGCGCUGGUGCUGGGAGUGGUACAGGUGUCUCUGUCCGCUCAGGUCACGGCGUGCGUCAGCUCACUGGAAAGGAACACAGCUGAAGACGCCCUGCAGGUCAUUAACCUGAUCCUGGCCGUCUUCAUCAUCAUCACGUCUUACAUCUCCUCUAACGUCGCCAGCGCCUCCGUGGCGCGGGUGCUGAUGCCGGAAGAAGCGCUCGUUCCGAGAAGAAACGUGGACGAGUCGUCUCCAAACGCCACGACAGCGCUGAUGAUGACCAGCUGAGCUCAACACUUCAGGAAACUUCUCCUUAGCUAGACGUCUUUACAGGGCACAUAGACUUCUAGAGACAUGUAUUAGUCUUUAUAGUUCACCUGUAUUUCACAACAGAUUACUGUCAUAUUCACAAAACAUUGUAAAUAGAAUCACAUCUUACCUUGUAUAUAUUAGACUAAACUCUUGCUGGACAAGGAAAGAUAGAAAAUGUUCUUAGUUACUGUUGUGUUGGUUGACGUACCAACUUUUGUCCACAUUUUCUACGUGUCUAGAUUAUUGUUAUGGUGUAACUGUUAUAUAUUUCACUAUGCUGUUCUGACACAGUUAUCACACAGUUUCAUUGACGUAUCAACGUUAACAUGCAUAGUUUGUACUUAUUCAGUACAUAGCUUGAAGAAUAAUACAGGCCUACAAGAUGUAGCGUCAUCCGUACACCGUGAACAUACAUAGAUCAUAGGGUGACUCUGCUCCUCUGUAUUGUAAAGCAAUGUAAAUUCUAUGAGGUAAAGAUAGGCACAGAUGGUUAGUAUUGGGUAUUUAUGCAAUAAGAUAUUCCAAUAUCUCAGUGUCAUUAACAGGUCGUGUUUUACCAAAUCAACGCCUAAACCUGACAAGAGAUUAAACCUCUGUCGUAACAGCUUUCAACGGCAAUGUUUAAUUUUGAUGUCCAAGGUUGACAUAGCUGUAUUUUCUUGUAAAUAUUCAUCAAUUGUU